AUGGAGAAGGGCGCGGGAAGCCCUCUCCUGCUUCACGGGGACGGUGUCAUCAACCCCACCAGGUGCCGCAUCACUUACGUCGUGCUCGUUGAAGGCGUGAAACGCUUUGCAUUCCGUGGUCCGCAUCGUGUGCCAAACGGGCAAAACCACCGCGACGACACGCGGGACGGCCUUAUAUACAACGCCCUCGCAGCUUCCGGCGCCGUGCGCGGCCAAUGGCUGCGCGAGGGGGCGAACCUCCUCGACUCCCUCGCCAGGGCCUCCCGCUGCAUCGGGACGUUCCUCAAUCGCGUGGCCGACGCGCACGCAGCAGGUUCUUUCAACACCGAGCAGGUCGCGUCAUUUGCGGCUCGUGCAGCUGUAGUAGACAUGGCCCUGAGUGGCGGCGGCCUGCCCCCAUCUGGGCAGCCGGCCGGCAGCGGCCUGGCCAGCCUUGACGGGGCCCUCGACGGCCUGGCUUUGGUCUAUGAGCCUUCCACGCGGCUGCUGCGGCGUGCUCCAGCUGAUGGACCAUCCGACUCCGUCUCCCUCACCAGCGGCUCUUCAGUCAGUACCGACUUGUCUGCCUCCGAUGAGGGUGCCAGACAGCAUGGCCGUCUCUCUGCCAUUAAGGGUCUGUUGGCAUGGAAGUCCAAAAGUGCUGGGGAUGAACGGGUGCCUUCACCUAGGGACCCUUCACCCACUCCAUCAAAGCAGAGCACAGACGGUUGUGUGCCGAGCUCAACUACUGCACUUAUCCUGGAAAAGCGGCCAUCAAAUUUGCCAGCCAAGAAUCCAGAGGAGGAACAGAAACACAAACAGGAGUACGAGGAGAUGGUGAAGGCUGCCCGCAAGAAAGAGUUAAAAGAUGCCCGUGCCCGCAAGAAGCAGAUGCAGCAGCAAUGGAAGCAGGAGGAACAGCUGGCUCAGGCCACACGUACUUGGGUGUCAGAGGUGCUACCAUGUUGGGAAGUGGCACGUAGCCAGCGGCGCACACGGGACCUUUGGUGGCAGGGCCUUCCGCCAAGUGUGCGAGGCCGUGUCUGGAAGCUGGCUAUUGGCAACGAGCUGAACAUCACAUCUGAGUUAUAUGAAAUCUGUGCCUCACGCUCACGAAAAAUCUGGCGCAGUGAGGCUGUCCCUGAGGAGCCUUCAGCUCUGCACACACGCGAGCAGUCGGCGCACCUUAUCCGACUGGAUGUGUCACGCACAUUCCCACAACUGGGCAUCUUUCAGGAGUCAGGCCCUUACUUUGAUGUCCUGCACUGUAUCCUCGGUGCUUAUGUGGUCUACCGGCCAGACAUUGGCUAUGUGCAAGGCAUGUCCUUCCUGGCUGCCAUGCUGCUGCUCAACCUGGAGGUGGCCGAUGCCUUCAUCUGCUUUGCUAACCUGCUCAACAGGCCCUGUCAACUGGCAUUUUUUCGUGUAGACCAGCCUCAGAUGAACGCCUAUUACACCCUGUAUGACGACUUCUUUCGUGAGAACCUGCCCAAGUUGUUUGCACACUUCAAGAAGCACAACCUCACUUCAGACCUGUACCUAGUUGACUGGAUAUACACGCUAUACAGCCGAUCCCUGCCCUUGGAUGUGGCCUGCAGGGUGUGGGAUGUCUUCUUGAGAGAUGGUGAAGAGUUCCUCUUCAGGUCUGCACUUGGCAUUCUGCGGCUGUACGAGGACGUGCUAUUGCGACUCGAUUUCAUCAACCUGGCUCAGUUUUUGACCAAGUUGCCGGAGGACAUGAGCUCUGAUAUUUUAUUUGAUGCGAUAGGUGCCAUUCGCAUGACUGUGAACAAGCGAAAUUUUUCCCAGGUUUUGGCCAAGCACAGAGAGUUGGCUGGGUGAUAUGGAGCACAGUGUGUACAUGUAGAAUUCGGAGUAUGUUCCAGAGCUGCACAUUGUUCUUGAUAGGUCUUUGCAAACUCAUGAGGAACACAAAGUGUCAUGUCACACAUUUCUUCUUUUCUUAAUAGCAUGCUUUUUUUUCUAUUCCUGCUUCGUGCAAGUUCAUUUCCUUUGAGGUAGGUGUCAGCUGGCUCGCUUUUGUGCAGUGUCCAGUUCUAGUCAAUACUCACAAACAGCUGAAACUAGGAGGGGAAUCUUGAGCAAGAGGUUACCAGAGCCCUGCCAAAUGUGUGUUGUGGCAACCAUUGCCGUGUGUAGAGGAAACUUGUGUCGUUCAUCAUGAAGUGUGUGAAGGCUGGCUAGAGCUGGGGAGUGUUGGUACUAGGUGUUUUUCGUGGCACUGCCCAAAACACAUUGAAGCAGAACAUGGCCACAUGGAAGUGUUCUCUCACACAGCAAAUGCAGCGUCCUUUUUUUUUUUUUCUUCUUCUUCUUUUGGCACUGCAUCUGUGCUGUGCAAAGAGUUUCUGGCAAAAUGUGGGCUCUCCGUCAUAACUAGUUUUCUAUUGCCGACUUUUGCUUCUGGUGACAUGAGUUACUGUGGGGGCAUAUCAAUAAAGUUAUGUGAUGCUUGCAGGCCAGUAGCAUAAUGCAAGUUUUGGAUGGUUCCAACUAGCGAACAGUGCCGUCAACCUGUGGGCCUGUAAAGGUCACUGUUGCUGGGAAUUCCUUCAGAAGGAAUGCCUCGCAUACAAUUUUUCUCAGUAUUUAUACCAUUCCACGUGUGGCAGGGUAUGUUGUGUUGUUGCCAGAAGGCCAGAUUCUGUAAGCAGCAAGGCUGCAUCUGUUCCAUACCAUGGUAUGCAAUCUAGCUGGUGGAAGAACUGUUCCCCUUCAAGGCCAGACAAAGUCUUCCAUCCAGCUUGAUGUACAGGAGGUUUAAUCUCUCUGCAAGCAGUGGGGCUAGUUGUUGAAUCUGUUAUGCAGUAUUCUGCCCUGUACAAUGUUUCUCUUGUCACCCCAUUGCAACACAUCUCUAAUCAAUAAUGUGGCACUGUUGACCACAUAGGUGUACAGUUAAAGAUUCGGUGUUUUUAUGUCCCAUUUUCUUUUAAUUAAAGAGCAGGAAAGAAGACAUGAUCGGUUCAAACGAUUUUAUACAUUUUUUUUUUUUCACUCACAUGAAAACAAUGCACAUUGUUUCUCAAUUAUGUGAAGUUGUCCACAAUCAAAUGUUUACCUUUUGGUGGUUUCUUUUGCAGGCUUAGUUUACAAAAUUAAGGACAAAUGGGACACACACUUGUAUAGAAAUGCUUAGGUGCAUGCAUGUGGAAGAAAUGUACAAAUAUGUAUAAAAAUAAAUAAGCCUUCUAUACAUGCA